UUUUUUGUGGUAUAAAAUGUGGAUGAAGAAACUUUCUUCAUUCAUCAAGGUUUUUAACAAGAGCUAGCUUAGCAAGCUUGAUCAUAGUAAGAGAGAAGUACAUACAUACAUACAUAUAUACAUACUUGAGCUUCAUUCUUUGUGUGUGUAUCUACUCCUUGCUUGGUUAUCGAAAUCGUCGUGCUUUAGAAGAAGAAUGGAAUUAACAAGAGGGAAUAAUAAUAAGAUAUGGGAAGUGAUUCCAUUUUUAUGUAUGUUUUUGAUAGAAGGGUGUACCAUUGCCUUAACCAUAACCGCGAAAUCGGCCAUGGCUAUUGGGAUGAGCCAAUUUGUGUUUGUGGCUUACUCGAACGCUCUUUCUUCUAUCCUCCUCGUCGUUUAUUGUCUCAUCUAUCAUAGAGAUAGUAUGAAAAAGGUUUUCAAUGUCAAGCUUCUCUCACGAUUCUUCCUCCUUGGUCUUACGGGGAUAACAAUUGCACAAAAUCUUGCAUUUACGGGGCUACGUGACAGCUCACCUAUAGUUGUUUGUGCAAUGGGACUAUUGCUACCAUCCUUUCAAUUUUUUCUCAAUCUUAUUCUAAGGAAGGCUAAGUUGAACAUAGAGAGCAAAAGCACCCGCAUCAAGCUCACCGGGGUGGCGGUGUCUAUCAUCGGAGCAAUCACGGUCGCCGUCUACCUCGGCCCUUCCAUCCUACAAGGACCAAUUAUUGGUCCUAUCAUGCUUCGUAGCUCUAAGUUUCAAUUCGUGUUUAUCACCACCACAGAAGAAUGGAUGUUUGGCACCUCUUUGCUAGCUCUUGCUACUUUCUUCAUUGCAGUUUGGAGUAUGAUACAGGUAUCAACAUUCUCAAGAUUUCCAGAUAUGAUGGUGAUAGUAGCUUGUUACACUGUAUUUGGGACCAUUCAAACAUUUUUUGUGGACAUCAUUGCAAAUGGAGAUUUGAGUGCUUGGAAAUUACAUUGGGACUUAGAGCUCCUUAUUAUCGUCUUAACAGCAUUGUUUGGGACGUUAGUGAGGAGCAGAAUCCAAGCAUGGUGCAUGAGUUUGAAGGGCCCAAUGUAUGUGGCUAUGUUCAAGCCUGCUGGGAUAUUUUGGGCUAACUUUUUUGGCGAAAGCUUUUUUGGUACUCUUUGUUAUGGAAGUGUGAUGGGUACAAUAAUAGUAGGGGUUGGGUACUACACAGUACUAUGGGGAGUGAGGGAGGAAGCUAAAAAACAAGCAGAUGACUCAACUAAAACUGCUCCAUCUGAUGACAUCAAGACCCCUCUAUUGCAAAAUCAAGACGCCGACGAACAAGUGUGAAAUGUAUUCCUUCGUUUUCUACCAAUAAAACUAGGAAAAAAAUUCGCAGGGUUAUAAAAUUAAAGCUUGGGGGAGAAAUUUUUAUCCAUUUUCUAAAUUGAAUUUGGAGGAAGAUGAGAUGAACUUCGGGUUUUCGUGAAGAUCUGUGGAUUUUAGUAACGGGUGAAAUAAUGUGAAUUAUUUUCUUUAGAAUAUGAGCUAAUGUAAAUAUAUUAUGAAGAUUAAGAUGUAUUAUUGCCCGAUUUUUUGUGGGAGCUAGUUUUAAUGAGAUGUAUCUCUUUGUACGUGCGUAAUUCGGAAGCAUGCAAAGUGUAUGUUCUUAAGUUGAGGGCUUGCUUAUAGUUGCUUCUCUCUUCUCUAGAACUCGUCUGUUGUAAUUUUUAUUUUUAUUUUCAAGUCAAAUGAAAAAAAUAAAAUAUAAAAAAUCCAAUGGUGCAUCUCAUGCACGUGAUUUUCACUAAUCCGAAAGAGAGUUUGAGGCA